AUGUCGACUGUCGAUAUGGGCUCUCCCCAAAAGAUAUCUAUCCUCGGCCAGGAUAGCAUUGUCGCGGAUUAUGGCCUGUGGCCGGAAUUCAUAGCCACUGAUCUAGUCAAUCACGUGCAAUCGUCGACUUAUGUUCUUAUCACCGAUACAAACCUUCACGACAUAUAUGUGCCGCCUUUCCAAGCCUGGUUCCAAUCCCAACAGCUAGCCGACAACGCCAGGUUGCUCACGUACGCCAUCCCGCCCGGUGAAGCAUCGAAAAGUCGAGAGACGAAAGCCGAGAUCGAAGAUUGGAUGUUGUCCCAAAAAUGUACCAGAGAUACUGUCAUAAUUGCUCUAGGAGGCGGCGUCAUAGGCGACAUGAUUGGCUACGUAGCUGCUACAUUUAUGAGAGGAGUUCGAUUUGUCCAAGUCCCAACUACCCUAUUGGCCAUGGUAGAUUCGUCAAUUGGCGGCAAAACAGCAAUCGAUACUCCAAUGGGGAAGAAUCUGGUUGGUGCAUUCUGGCAGCCAAAAAGAAUAUACAUCGAUCUGGCCUUUAUGAAGACUCUUCCUGUUCGUGAAUUCAUCAAUGGAAUGGCUGAGGUGAUCAAGACGGCAGCCAUUUGGAACGAGGAUGAAUUCACCAUAUUGGAACAAUCUGCUGCGGAUAUCCUGGCAUGCGUCCGGUCCAAGGGCUUGGACCGCCUGCUCCCCAUCAAAGAUACUCUCACGCGUAUUGUGGUCGGGUCUGCACGGGUGAAGGCAGAGGUUGUAUCCGCUGACGAGCGAGAAGGAGGCCUGAGAAACCUGCUCAAUUUUGGGCAUUCCAUUGGCCACGCAAUCGAGGCUAUUUUGACACCCCAGCUUCUCCACGGCGAGGCCGUUGCAAUUGGCAUGGUCAAAGAAGCUGAACUGGCCCGUUUUCUUGGUAUCUUGCGACCCCACGCAGUGUCGAGAUUAUCUAAAUGCAUUGCUUCAUAUGGGCUACCUACAUCGCUUAAGGACAAGAGAGUGAUGAAACUUACAGCGGGGAAAGAGUGCCGCAUCGAUACACUUCUGGAAAAGAUGUCGGUGGACAAGAAAAACGACGGUGAUCGAAAGAAGAUUGUCUUGCUGUCACAAAUAGGGCGGACAUUUGAGCCCAAAGCCAGUGUUGUGGCUGAUUCAGACAUCAGAACAAUUCUCUCCGCUUCAAUCCGCGUUACGCCUGGCAUGCCUAACGGCCUGAAGGUUACCGUGACACCUCCUGGAUCUAAGAGUAUUUCUAACCGGGCGCUUAUUCUCGCUGCUUUAGGUUCCGGUCCUUGCAAAAUCAAAAAUCUUCUACACUCUGAUGACACCGAGUUUAUGUUGUCGGCCAUUAAACAACUUGGCGGGGCUUCUUAUUCCUGGCAUGAUGCUGGAGAAAUCCUCGAGGUGACAGGAAAUGGCGGUAAGCUGAGUGCCAGCAGAGAGGACCUGUACAUCGGCAAUGCUGGCACCGCGUCCCGAUUCCUUACGACUGUCCUGACAUUGUGUUCUUCAACACAGGGCUCAAAUUCGACUGUCUUGACAGGCAACGCCAGAAUGAAGGUGCGGCCAAUUGGGCCGCUGGUAGAUGCCUUGCGCCAGAACGGCGCUCAGAUCGAAUACCUAGAGCAGGAGAAAAGCUUGCCUAUUCGAGUUCAUUCCACAGGAGGAUUCCAAGGCGGCAUGAUCGAAUUGGCUGCAACAGUAUCCUCUCAGUAUGUUUCAUCCAUCCUUAUGGCAGCUCCUUAUGCCAAAAGUCCUGUUACUCUGCGCCUUGUUGGCGGAAAACCUAUCUCACAACCAUACAUCGAUAUGACCAUCUCGAUGAUGAGCAGUUUUGGAAUAUCUGUUACGAAGUCUACAACAGAUAUGGACACGUAUCACAUCCCGCUGGGUGCGUAUAAAAACCCUUCGGAUUAUAUUAUCGAGAGCGACGCCAGCUCUGCCACGUACCCACUAGCUGUCGCAGCCAUCACGGGGACUACUUGUACGAUUCCAAACAUUGGAUCAGUUUCUCUCCAAGGGGAUGCCAGGUUUGCGAUAGAUGUCCUGCGACCGAUGGGCUGCUCCGUCCAACAAGACGAGCACAGUACGACGGUUACUGGCCCGAUUACUGGACAGCUGAAGCCACUGCCACAGGUGGACAUGGAGCCAAUGACGGAUGCAUUCCUAACUGCCUCAGUCCUGGCUGCAGUUGCAAAUGGCGAAACCCAAAUCACAGGAAUUGCCAACCAACGUGUUAAAGAAUGCAACAGAAUUGCGGCAAUGAAGGAGCAACUGGCUAAAUUCGGCAUCACGUGCACCGAACUGGACGAUGGGAUUAAAAUUUCGGGCAAGUCGUUAUCUGAUAUACAGACCCCCAAUGUUGGCAUUCACUGCUACGACGAUCAUCGCGUUGCCAUGAGCCUUAGUGUGCUCUCUGUCGUGGCUCCUGGGUCGACCAUUAUCACUGAAAGGGAAUGUGUUGGCAAGACCUGGCCCGGAUGGUGGGAUACGCUUGCACAAUCUUUUAAAGUCAAAUUAGACGGCUCCGAUAUUACAGAUAGCACUAGCGGUGUCAAGCAUGCCUCUACUCGGAGGCUUCACGCCAAGCGCUCCGUCUUUGUUAUUGGUAUGAGGGGUGCUGGGAAGACCACGGCCGGCCGAUGGAUGGCCAAAUUACUUGACUGGAAGUUUAUCGACCUGGAUGAAGAGCUUGAACAUCGCUCGGGCAAGACCAUACCAGAGAUUAUCAACAGUCCCAAAGGGUGGGAUGGCUUUCGCCAAGAUGAACUAGAUCUGCUACAAGACGUAGCCGAGAACAUGCCCGAGUGCCAUGUUUUAUCCUGUGGAGGCGGAAUUGUGGAGAUGCCCAAGGCGAGAGAGUUGCUACAGAACUAUUGUAACAGUGGCGGCAUGGUAGUUCUCGUUCAUCGAAAUAUAGAUCAGGUCAUCGAAUAUCUGAUGAGAGACACCACUCGGCCAGCAUACACAACAGAAAUACGUCAGGUUUAUGAGCGCCGCAAAGCCUGGUACGAGGUGUGCUGCAACCAUAUCUAUUACAGUCCUCAUUCGGCGCCCAACACUGAGUCUAACAGCAUACCGGAUGACUUCAAGAGAUUCAUAACAUCUAUUACUGUUGGGAAUAGUUGUGUGAAAAAUAUUGCCAAGAAGGAUGAAAGCUUUUUUGUAUCCUUAACUGUUCCCAAACUGAACGAAAACUUGCACGCGAUCAGCAGUGCUAGUGUCGGGUCAGAUGCGAUUGAGAUUCGAGUCGAUCUCCUAGAUAACUGGUCUCUUGAAGCGGUGACAGAGCAGCUUUCAUUGCUACGAUUUGUUUCAAAACUACCCAUCAUAUUUACUGUCAGAACAGUUUCACAAGGUGGACGAUUUCCAGAUGCGGCCAAUGAUCACCGACAUGACCUGUAUCGGCUGGCGUUGAGACUUGGCGUGGAAUAUCUUGAUGUCGAAGUCACAUCCAGCGAUGAAAUCCUUCAGGAAUUGACAGAGACCCGAAGAAACACUCUCAUUGUCAGUUCUCACCAUGACCCUGCUGGAUCUUUGUCCUGGAAAAAUGCGUCGUGGAUUCCGUUUUACAAUCGAGCCCUGCAAUACGGGAAUGUGAUAAAGCUAGUUGGCAAUGCCAAGAGUAUCGAAGACAAUUUCGAUUUAGCGAAUUUUAAGUCAAGGAUGAUGGCUGAUCACAAAACACCAAUUAUCGCCAUCAACAUGGGCGCUGCGGGUCAAUUAAGUCGAAUUCUGAACGGAUUCUUGACACCGGUAUCGCACCCGGAUUUGCCCUACAAGGCAGCGCCAGGUCAACUGUCGGCCGCUGAGAUCCGUCAAGGUCGUGCACUCCUUGGUCAGAUCAAAAAGCGAGAAUUCUAUCUCUUUGGGAGUCCCAUUUCUCAGUCUAGGUCACCAGCCCUCCACAACACUCUCUUCGGCAUCACCGGACUACCACACGAAUAUCAUCUCCAUGAAACCAGUUCGACUGAGAACCUUGAUGAAGUCCUUCAUAGCGAAAGUUUCGGAGGCGCUUCUGUUACUAUCCCCCUGAAGAGAGACGUAAUAGCGUUGGUUGAUGAGCUAACACCAGCAGCGCAGACGAUUGGGGCCGUUAAUACUAUCAUUCCUCUCAAUCACGACAUUCCAUCAAACAAACGUCGUCUUUUGGGCGACAACACCGACUGGAAGGGCAUGGUUUAUACGUUAUCGGAGGCAGGUGUUAUCAACCCUAUAAAGAAUGAGUCAGCAGCUGUCAUAGGGUCCGGAGGCACAACACGUGCAGCAAUCUAUGCUUUGCAUUUUAUGGGAUUUGAAACCAUUUAUGUCGUCGGACGUGAUGCACAUAAAGUCAACACACUGGCGUCGGAAUUUCCUAGGGACUAUAACGUCAAUGCAAUCACAGAACCGGCUCAGGCGGCUGAUUUCACUCAUUCUCCUUCGGUCAUCAUCAGCACCAUUCCUGCGGAUCAGCCAAUUGACAAUGGAGUUAAAGACGUUGUGUUCACCCUCCUGUCACUGUCCGCCGUAUCCAGAGUGAAACGUGUCCUUUUGGAAAUGGCUUAUAAGCCUCAUCAUACCCAAAUCGUGCAAAUGGCCGAGAGUAUUGGCACAUGGGCCGUUAUCCCCGGGCUUGAAGUUCUUGCAUCGCAAGGUUGGUAUCAGUUUGAGGCAUGGACCGGCAUUCAGCCCUUGUAUCAUCGAGCAAGAGAUGCCGUUGUUGGAAGUACCUCUUAA